AUGCCAGUCAUCACGCUCACCUCCUUGCGCGGAGUUUCUCCUGUCACGAGCGCAGCAAGCAGCACGGCUGCACGGAUCAGACAGUUCAAUUACGUCAUCGCGCUUGGUUUCAAGUAUCUCCAGCCUGCGUCGCGGCUCAUCCCCGUGGCACUCAUUGCCCUUGCAGGCGCAACGUACUGGCAUGACAGCUGCAAUCAGUCCAUCGCUGGCGCCAACGAGCUAGGGGGCGACAAUGCAAGUAGGCACCAGCAGCAGCUCCAGCAGCACUGGACACACUACCUCGUCGCCCUCAUCCCCCUUGUCCUAACGGGGCCAUGCGUAGCAUAUCUCAUCUUCCCAAUCAAUGACCAGAUCGCGGCUAUUGGUCGGGAACUUGAGCUACAGCUUGACCAUCAACAUCCCGUGGGGAAAACUUUGGAUGCCGCGUCUAGAAAGAGCGUCACUAGUGGCGAUGAUAUCGACGUGGGCGUAAUCCGCGUAGAGGAAGAUAUUGCCAGUGAGGUUGAGGGGCUCUUCGCACAGUGGCAGUCUUGGCAUGUCGGGAGGAUCUUGAGCCCCUUUCUCGCAGAUCUGGUUCUGUCUGCGAGCGGAGCCGGGCUUUUGCCACCUGCCUGGUGA